AUGGCCGGGCUGCGGCAGUGGCCAGGUGGUAGAAGCCUUCCCCUGGCCCUGUCAUCGACCUGCCGUGGACCUGUCCUGGCCCUGGCCCUUCCCUGCUUCACACCUUGCCCUGGUUCUCCCCUGGCCCUGACCGUGAAAUGCCUGGCCCUACCGUGGCCUUGCACUGCCCUGGCCCUUGCCCUGACUCUGGUCCUGUCACUGGAAGAGCCCCAGCCCUGUUUUGACCCUGGCCCUCACCCUUCCCUUGCCCUGGCACUGGCCUUGGACAUGUCCGUGGUCCUAACCCCGGCCCUGCACCGGCGCUGUCACUGUCUUGGCCCUGCCUUGGCCCUGGCCCUGGCCCUGCCACAGCCACAGACCUGCCCUGCUAAGUUGGCCAUGGCCGGGGCGCUGGCGGCGGUGCGCGGGCGCUGCAUCCAUGUUCCUGCAAAAGACUUAGACCUGGCCGCAUGGCUCUGGCCCCCUUUCCCUGGACCGGCGCUGGCCACUGGCAUGGACCGCCUGGACCUGGGCUCUUUGGCCCUCCUUCUCAGGACUGGCCGUGAAGCAGGGGUGAGUUCGGUGCUAUCAGGGGCUGCACUGCUGGCGGCAGUCAGCAGAGUUUGCAGCAACAGUGUGGCAUCCAAGGAAGGAGUGGUUCUGCUCUCCCUGGACGCCACACUCCAGUGGGCCACCUACUCUUGUCAUUACUGGAGCAUAGCAGGCUCACAGUGUUUCCAUGGAAUCCUGGCGUGGCAGAGCCCCACACCCAUGGUGGCUCCUGGGCCCCCCUGGUCCUACCGUGUUCCUGACCCUGGCUGUACCCUUGUUCUGGCCCUGAUUCUGCCCUGGCCCUCUUCUGGCCCUUCCUUGGUCCUGCUCUGCCCUUCCGUGUCCUGGCCUUGCCCUCACCCUGCACUGGCCCUGCACUGGUCCUGCCCUGGCCUGUUUCUACCCUGGCCUUUUCACCCUGCCUUGUUUCUUGCCCUUGCCUUGCCUGGAACCCUGAAGCCGCGUUGCCAUGUUCCAUUGGACAUGGGCCCUUGGACCUGCCUUGCAUUCUCUGUCCUUGGUUCCUGUAUUGUUUCCCCAACCAUGUCUGGUCCUGCCCUUGGCCCUAACCCUCACACUCCCCUGGCCCUGCCCUUUAACCCUGGCCUUGCCCUGCCAUGACCUUGCCCUUGGCAUGCCAAGUCUCAGGCUGUCCUGAGCCAGCCCAUGACCAUCUUUGCACAGGAUGGAGGCCGAGUCCUUCCCAGAGGCCCUAAGUCAGCCCCCCUCAUCCUUUCCAGGGUUGGCAACCAGCCCAUGAGCUCCACAGCACUGGUGGAAGAAGUAGUGCUCAUUGCAACCAGGAGCAGUCCUGUGGCCCUUCCUAGCACGGAUUCCAUCUGGAGACAUGCCUUGCGCCUGAGGGGGAAAUUCAGGGGAAACCAGAAGUCCCUGCUCCCCUCAGAGCCACCUUUGAGAAAUGGCUGGUGGAUGGUGCGGGGCUGCAGUGGAAAGGGCCUCCUUGCAGUCCUUGGCUCCAGGCUCUCGCUGGAGGUCAAGGGCGGCUUUGGGAUCCUGCAGAUGUGUGUCAACUCCGUGCACUACUAUCCCCAGACGCAGCUGGAGCUCUACAAGAUCGCCGUGGACGCCGGCUUCCUGCGGAAGUACUUCCACCCCAUCAAUGGUGAGGGCUCCCUAGGCAGCGGGGCUGGGGAGGAGGUGGGAGGAGGGUCGCCCCAGGGACAGGACCUGAGCUGCAGGGAGGAUUUGCCAGUGCCCACUGGGCCCCUCCCCAUCAGUCACUCCUCAGUUCGGCUGUUCCUUGUCCUCGCCAGGUUCAUCUGUGAGGACGUCUGCACCUGCCCUCAGGCGUCCGUGUCUCAACAGUUCGACUCUGUUCCCUGGAACUCCUUCAACCGCGACAUGCUGAAGACCCUGUAUGACUUCAUGUCCAUCUCCAUGCACUGCAACAAGUCCUUGUCCAUCUGCUUCCAGGUGUGUUGCCAUGGGCGUGGGUGGGACACACAGUCAGGCAUGCCUCAUGGGGGGCCCCAGUGUGGGGUGAUGGAACUGCACUCCAAACUGCUGACAAAAGCACUCACAUGA